AUGGCAGAUGGUACUCAGGACGGAACCGAGGCAUCAUUGGUCGCUGAGAGACACGGGGUUCGGUCAUCAGUGAUUGCAGGGGCGGCGGCCGCGGUGUUCCAGACGACGAUGUCGCACCCGUUUGAGUUUCUGAAGACGGGGCAGCAGCUGCAUCGCGCGCUACCGGGGGCUGCGGCGUUCAACAUGCUGCACCCGUUCAAGUACUACUUCAGCGGGUGCGCUGCGCUGAAUGUGGGGACGCUGCUGAAGACAGGGACGCGGUUUGCGACGUUCGAGCAGGCGUGUGUGUGGCUGCGGGACCCGGAGCACGCGGACCAGCCAAUUGCGGGGCCGCGGCUGCUGCUGGCGGGUGCGAUCACUGGCUUUCUGGAGAGUCUAUGGGUUGUGCCGUUUGAGAGCAUCAAGACUACGGCAGUGGAGAACGCGCUGGAGCUGUCUCGGCGAGUGCAGGGGGAGCCAGAAACGCGGGCGGCCGCUGUGUCGAAGGGUCCGGCGCCGAAGGCCACGUUCCACGCGGCGCGCCCGGUACAGACGGCGCACGAACGGUGGCUGCUGCACUACGAGCGGCAGCCAUCGUCGCACUUUGCGGGCACCGUGCUUGAGAUUUAUCGUACGCGCGGCGUGCGCGGCUUCCUGCAGGGAGCGAUGCCGACGAUAUUCCGCCAGUUGGGAAACUCUGUAGUGCGGUUCACUACGUACGCGUGGAUAGUGCAGUCACUGUCGCCCCAUAAGGCUCUGGACGAGUAUCAAGCGUUUGCCGCGGGUGCGCUGUCGUCUGCCGCGGUGGUCGCGUUGACACAGCCCAUCGACGUGAUUAAAACCCGCAUGCAGAGUAAAACGGCAUGGUUCACGUACAAGAGCUCGCUUAACUGCGCAUAUCGCAUCUUUGUUGAGGAGGGUUUCCGCUAUAUGUGGAAGGGGUGGGUUCCGCGGCUUUUCAAGGUCAGUCUCUCUGGGGGCAUCUCAUUUGGUGUGUACCAAUACGUGGAGAAUUUGGUGUUACUGUGGGAGCACGAGCGGUCUCUGGCACCAUAG